UGUUGUGUGUUCUGUUCUGUUGUUCUCCGGCAAUGGCGGCCACCGGUUGUUCUCCGCACACGGUCUCUGUGGCACGGCCGCAGACACAGACGGGCUGUUCGUGAGUGUGAUUUGCCGACGGCGAUGCUAACACUAGCACUAACUGUAAUACCAACGGCAGCAGUAGCGGUAAUGACGGCGGUUAUGGCGCCUAUCCCUGCCCCCAUAGUAAAUGUGUUCGAGUGCUUAUCUGGGAAAUCGCGUGACUUUUCGCCGGCGUACUUUAACACACAUACUACAUCCAUCAGGAGCGGAGUUCCAGCUAACAAGAAGGACAAUUUCCAUGUGCUUUCGCCAAUGCAGACGGAUCGUGCUUGCAACUGGCCCCCCAAGUUCGAGGGCAGGUAGCCGAGUCAACAAGCAAACACCGGUACUCCGCUGGGAGCACACAUCCGCAUCCUAUCCACAGCUGCGGCCAGAGGCAGUACGGAACACAACAGGGACAGGAUUGGCCACAGCCGAAUCAAUUGGAUUUCAAAGGGAGAGGUGGAUCCGCAGAUUGGCGAGCACCAUUGAUGUAGCAGCCAUGGGCGCCAAUACAUCGAGCAGAGCCGACGCGAGUCUGCUCGCCGACGAUGACGUAAAUUUUGACCAUUUCCAAAUACUUCGUGCCAUCGGCAAGGGAAGCUUUGGCAAGGUGUGCAUAGUGCAGAAGCGAGACAGCGGCAUUCUGUAUGCCAUGAAAUAUGUGAGUCGCUCCGCCUGCGAGAUGCGUGGAGCGCUGGGCGGUGUCAUCAAGGAGGUUGAGCUGCUGUCCUCAUUGGAGCAUCCGUUUCUAGUCAAUUUAUGGUUCUCAUUUCAGGACGAGGAGGACUUAUUCAUGGUAUGCGACCUGUUGACUGGUGGCGAUUUGAGAUAUCACUUACAGAACCGAGUUGAAUUCUCCGAGCAGAGUGUGGCCUUAUUAGUGUGCGAGCUUGGCAGUGCGCUGGAGUACCUGCAGACGCAGCGGGUGGUCCACAGGGACAUCAAGCCAGACAAUAUUCUAUUGGAUGAUGGCGGACACGCUCAUUUGACUGAUUUUAAUAUUGCGACGAGGCUGCAGAAGGAUGCGAUGGCCUGCAGCAUGUCAGGGACGAAGCCGUAUAUGGCGCCAGAGGUUUUUCUAUGCGCCCUGGACGAAGUGGCUGGCUAUAGCUACCCAGUGGACUGGUGGUCCCUCGGCGUUGUGGCCUACGAAAUGCGAAGCAACGUCCGCCCCUUUGUGGUGCACUCGAACACGCCCUUGGCGGAGAUCAAGAACAUCCUGAACACCCCUGUGCACUAUCCCCGCUAUUGGAGCAGCAACUUCAUCGAUCUGCUGCAAAAGUUACUCUCCACGUAUCCCGGGGGCAGGAUCAGCACUCAGCAUGAGCUGCACCAGACGCCGUUGCUGCGGAACAUUGACUUUCAGCAGGUGCUCGACAAGAAAAUAAAGCCCAUCUUCAAGCCACCCGAAGACCACCUGAACUGCGACCCGUGCUUGGAACUGGAGGAGAUGAUUGUGGAGACGCGGCCGCUGCACAAAAAAAAGAAGCGUCUGGCCAAACAGCGGUCAGCCCAACGCGACAGCGACCCCGAGACCGUGCUCGUCAAAGAGUUCAUCGUCUACAAUCGCUACAAAGAGCUUAAGCGAAAGGCCAUGGAACAGAAGGAGAACGACUGGCAGCGUGAGCUCGAAUUGGCCAUGGCCAACUCGAUAGUCAACAGCUUGGCCCCCAUUCAAGAGAGGCCCGCCUCGUCCACUUCCACGUCUAUUAGCCAUGCAACAAACCCCGCGAUCACCACUCCCACGCCUACGCCAGCAGCCACGAAUUCACCAUCUGGCAACGCAAGGUGCACCGCCUGCAAAGAGAGUGAUAGCAUCGAAUUCAUAGAUCGCACGCCGUCCCCGCAGGGCACGGGCGGAGGAGCCACAACUGCCACCCCGACACGGCUCUGCAGCACGUUGGACAAGGCAACGGGCACGGCACAAAAGUAGUAUCGUACGAAUCAGUGCGAAUAGCACCCGAACCCUCCGCACGGAACUAAUGGCACAUUCUCGUAUGUGCAUAUUUAUGCAUCAUCGUAUGGCAACGCAACAGGUUUCACUGCGAGCACAAGCACAAGCCCCAAGGCACAUCCAAAGAGAUCCAGAACCUACGAGUAUUUUUCGAGUUCCGCUGAAUUUCACCUUUGUACGAGUACGUGUACGCGUAGUUAUACAUAAAUAUAAAUAAAAUAAAACAUAUAAUUUGUAUUUCUAUUGGCUAAGUCUUAAGUGUAAGUCCCUUUGUACAUAUGCGUGUAUGUAUGAUUAGCUGUUAGCUGAAAUCAAAAUAAAUGUAAAGAGGCACUGCAGAAAGCGGGGUUUACCUCAAUAAAACUGGCAGCGUAGUUUCGAUUUUUUUUAAGUUUUUAUUUCAAGUUAUAUUUCAUUCAUGUUUCACAUAUUUUUGUAAUGCCUUUCUUUGUAUAAAAAAGAGUAAAUAAUUAUGUUCUGUAUGUAUAAUUGUUGUAUUCACGCACUUGUUGAUCUCUCGUUAAAUAUAUUAGUUAUUCUGGGUUGGUGUUAUUAUUGGAUUGGUUGGUGUGUGUCGAAAGUGGCUAAACACUAACCAAAUUUCUAUAAUAAUCCCCUUCUGUAUAUUAUUUUAUAAGCAAAAUGCAACAUGUUAAUAGUUUGUUAAUUUCUCUGGUUCUAUCCGCGAUCUCUCGUUUUCAUUUGUGGGCUUUACGGUUAAUUUUACAUUUUACGAAUAUCACUUUAACAUCUUUCACCCAUCAUUCCCCUCCCCACCCUGCCGUCAGCAGCUCAACUGCAUUGGGGGCUGGGUGGGGUCGGAAGAUGGUCGCUGGGUCUCGGUGCGACGGUGAGAAAAUGGAAAAGAAUCAAGAAAGUCCCCAGCACGGGGAGCGUUUACAUCGAGAAGCGAAUAGAGCAAGUGUGUGAAUGAUUCUUUCUCAAUAGAAAUGGUGUUCCACUCUGCAUUUGUGGAAGGAGUAUUUCAAAGAUUCAAUUAAGUUGAAUAGCUUACAAGAUUUAACGAAUUUUUCUUUUGUUUUUCUUAAGCAAAAACAAAUGCAAUUGUUUAGAAAAGCGUCAGUUUUGUGUGUGUGUUCUGUGUCUCUUUAGAAAAUCUGCUUUUUUGUUCUCAUCUUUUGGUUUUUUGUUUUUGUUAGAAGAAUGAAGGAGUAGAAGAAACUACAA